CCUGGUCAAGAAGUCAUCAUGAUCAUCAGCUUAAUCUUUGUUUUACUUAGCGUUUCUGUAAGUGUGGUGUACCUCCCCCAUGUUUUUUUAAUACUAUUUACGUUAUAGGUGAUCUCAGUAACAAAAUUAACCCCAGCCGUCCCAGACGAGGUGGUGGAGGCAUCAGACAAGCCCCGAGGCGCUGCCCCUCUCAUACUCAAGGAGCUGCCCCUCUCACACUCAAGGAGCUGCCCCUCUCACACUCAAGGAGCUGCCCCUCUCACACUCAAGGAGCUGCCCCUCUCACACUCAAGGAGCUGCCCCUCUCACACUCAAGGAGCUGCCCCUCUCACACUCAAGGAGCUGACACUCGCGUAAUGACGUAAGCCUCCAGAUGCGGCUAAUCUUACGCGCAGUCGAGGGGUCGUCGCGGCCGUCGUCGUCGGGUCAUCGUCGCCAGAAGAUGUUGGGGAGAGGCGGCCAGCCAGAGCAGCGGGGCGAGGCAUGGCGGGACGCCGUCACGUCAGGGGACAGGAGAAGGGGGACGGCGAAGGUGGUGGUGGAGCAGGGGCGGCCGGCGGGGACGGUGGUGGUCACCCUCCUCCUCCUCUCUGUCACCGGAUGUGUCCAGGGGCAGUGUGGAGACUCACCCAAGUACCUGACGGCGGCCAACAGCAGCGGCCACCUGGCUUUCCCCGAGGGCAACUGGGAGCCCCAAACCGGCACCUGGCAGCCCAGCCAGUUCUACCCGACGGCGGUCAAGUGUUCCUGGGUGCUGAAGGCGCCUCCGGCCCACGUCCUCACUGCAGUCUUCAUCUACUUCGACACCGAGCAAGACUACGACUUUGUCUCU